GCUGUGUAGAAUGAUUUCUUACUUUAAUAUUUUCCCUGUUGUAUAUUCUACAUUAACGUACACAUUUAUGCUAUCAAUCAUUGAAUAAUGAUUUUACCUGAUGAUCAACAUAUUCUAAUAGAGAUAAUGAUAGAUUUCACCUAACUUUUUUUAAAAAUGAAUACCAACCUGAAGAAUAGUUGUGAGUCAACUACAGAAGAAAAUGAUCUCACAACAACUAUACACGAUUCAUCAAAUUCUUUUCAAAAUGUAACAGAAUCAAACCCAAAACCUACUGAAUUAAACCAAUUAUGGAAAGGUGAUAUAACUGUAGAUAGCCCGAAUAAGUCAUCUGAUUUAAAAUUAACUAAAAUGUCUACUGAGGAUAUUAGAAGAUCAUCAGCUAUACGUUCUGAUCAGACAUUAAAUGUUUCACAUCUUUUAUAUCCAACUAGUUCAUUGACACACGCAGCUUCAGCUCAUUCAAGUUAUUUACGAAUUCCAUCUAUAUGUGAUCAAAUGAAUGAUGCAGCUGUAUCAACACAUUCAGCUGACUGGUCAAGAUCAUUGCAUAGAUCAAGUUGUUUUAAUACACCAGAAAGUUUAAAUGAAGAAGAUCGUAAAUUUGCUCAAGCUACAGCUCGUGCUGUAUUGGCUGCUAGUGCUAGACAAUCACGUACAGCAUUGACAGAUUUACCAUUAGAUUUUUUUACAAAUAUUUCUGAUUUUUCCAACACAGGAAAUAAAUUAAGCUCAUCAUCAGUUCAACAAUUAUCAAAUAGAAUUCGUUCAACUAAUGAAAGUGCAUUGAACGUAAAUAGAUUAUAUUUACCUGCAUCAAAAUUCUAUGAAGAUUCUAAAGAUCGUCGUAAUAAUCGAAAAUUUAGUGCACUAUGUGUUCAUAGUUUCGAUGAUACAAUACAUGAUAGUGUAUUAAGAUAUAGACGAGAUAAAUCACCAAUUCCUGCUACAUUACGUAAUUCUACUAACAUAAUGCGUAAUAGUGCAAUUAACUUAUCUAAUUUUACACAAACAAACUAUUUACAUGCAUUACAAUCAACACCAUCAUCAUCUACACCAAAGAAUACUACUUCAUUAAAACAAAAUCCAAGAACUCUGAGAAGUCUGGCCAGACAAACAUCACAUUCAAUAAACAGACCAUUGAAACGGUUAGCUGCUAGUUUCCGUCUAACUAAAUCAAAUGGAAAUUCAGCAUCAACAACAAAUUAUAAAGGUUAUCUUCGUAAUGUUGGCUUGAAAUCAGCAGAUACCAUGUCAAGUUGUAAUUCUGUUGUUAAUAAUAUUGAUUCAACAAUGAAUGAUUCAAACAGUAGUCUUAAAAAUUCAAGAACACGUAGUGUAAUGCUACAGACAGAUCAAGAUUUUGCUAAUGAAAUUAAACGUGAAAAAAGUUUACGCAAAGGUCAUUUAUUAUUCAGUGAAAAUUCAUGCGAUAAACGAAUCAAAUCUGAAAUGAGUGAGUCAACAGAUAAUGAAUCAGACAGUUUAUUAACUCAAGAAGAAAAACCAAGUGGAUCAUUUCACUUAAAAGAACAAUUUUUUGCAUUUUUCCAACCAACUGGAAAUAAACUAGCUAUGAAAUUAUUUGGCACAAAAUUAGCUUUAGACAGAGAAAGAUUAAGGCAAGAACAACAAGGUGACUGGAUUAUACAUCCGUGUAGUAAUUUUCGAUUUUAUUGGGAUCUGAUCAUGCUGUUAUUAUUGAUCGCAAACCUAAUAAUUCUACCAGUGGCAAUUUCUUUCUUCAACGAUGACUUAAGCAUUCAUUGGAUUGUAUUUAACUGUGUAUCGGAUACAGUAUUUCUAAUUGAUAUUGGCGUAAAUUUUCGUACAGGGAUUAUUAAGAAUAAUUUUGCUGAUGAAAUUAUGCUCAAUCCAAAAGAGAUUGCACGACAGUAUUUGAAGACAUGGUUUCUUUUAGACCUAUUAAGUUCAUUACCUUUGGAUUACAUUUAUCUUAUAUUACAUGACAAUGAAAACUUCACACAAUUUGUACACGCUGGCCGUGCACUGAGAUUUCUACGCUUUGUAAAACUUUUAAGUUUGAUCAGACUGUUACGAUUGUCUCGAUUAGUUCGUUACGUCAGUGAAUGGGAAGAGUUUAUCAAUCUUGCAAGCAAAUUUAUUGGAAUAUUCAAUUUGGUUUUAUUACUUUUACUAUUGGGUCAUUGGAAUGCAUGUUUACAAUUCCUCAUACCUAUGUUACAUGAUUAUCCUGUAGAAAGUUGGGUUGCUAAAGGUAAACUACAGAAUGCUUACUGGUUUGAUCAAUAUACUUGGGCGUUAUUUAAAGCUAUGUCACAUAUGUUAACAAUUGGUUAUGGAAGAUAUCCUCCAACAAGCUUAAGUGAAGCAUGGGUUACAGUAAUUAGUAUGGUUACUGGAGCAACAGGAUAUGCUUUAUUUGUUGGUCAUGCUGCAGCUCUAAUACAAUCAUUCGAUUGCUCUAAACGUCUUUACAGAGAAAAGUUUAAACAAGUUGACGAAUAUAUGGCAUAUAGAAAACUACCACGUGGUCUACGCAAACGCAUUGCCAGUUAUUAUGAACAUCGAUAUCAAGGCAAAAUGUUCAAUGAAAAUGAAAUACUAAAUGAACUUUCAGAGUGCUUAAAGGAGCAAAUAAUCAAUUAUAACUGUAGAGCAUUAGUUGCAGCAGUACCAUUUUUUACAUUUGCUGACCAGAAUUUCGUAUCUGAAGUAGUUGUUAAAUUGCGUUAUGAAGUAUUUCAACCGGGUGAUUUAAUUAUCAAAGAAGGUACAAUUGGAACUAAAAUGUAUUUUAUUCAAGAGGGUAUUGUGGAUAUCGUGACAAGAGAUGGUGAAGUAGCUACCAGUUUAUCGGAUGGUUCAUAUUUUGGAGAAAUAUGCUUACUAACAAAUGCACGUCGAGUGGCUAGUGUUCGAGCUGAAACAUACUGUAAUGUUUAUUCACUAGACAGAGCAAGUUUUCUUGAAGUAUUGGAUAAUUAUCCUUUAAUGCGUAGAACAAUGGAAUCCGUGGCUGCUGAACGCCUAAAUAAAAUUGGACGUGAUCCAUUAGUUGUUAGUAGUCGUAAAGAUUUGUAUGAUGAUCUGAAAUUAGUAAAUGAAAUUGUUAAUCAGGCAAUCAGUGAGGCAGAUGAUGCACAAACAGAAAAUCAAGAGGGUGAAACAGAAGAUGACGCUGAUGGAGAAGGUGAUGGUGAAGAAAGGAUUGAUUAUUCAAAUAAAAUUAUAAAUAGACUUUCUCAUCCAGUUAGUUAUUUUAAACAACGCAAACCAUCUCAUUGGAUGCAUUCAUUGAAUUUACGUAAGGCAUCUGCACCAGAGUAUAACAGUCAUUCACAUAUGCAUAGAUCGCGUACAUCAGGUGUACUUAGUUCAGGUGUACGUAAAUGGUAUCAAAUUAAACGACGUAAAUCAAAUUUUCCACGAUCAUUUCCAAAGACUAAAAGUGUGGAUAACCUGAAUUUUCAUAAAGCUUUGCCUAGUGUAUCAAAUACUUGGCAAAUCAAUACACCAGCACCAAUAAAUGUUACUGUUUCUGUAGUGAAUGAACAAGAGGAAUUACAAACGACACUACAGGCUGACUCAUCACAUACCUCAAUAAAGAUUAUCGAAAAAAGUGAUGAAGAUAAUCCUGCAGAAACCUCCUAAUACAGUAGAAAUAAAGCUAACGAUUACCGAUACUACUAAUAAUAUUGGUGCAUUUUAAAUAUUGCUCCACAGUUUUCUUUAAAUGUUCAAGAAUAAUCAUAAAACAAAAAUUAUAACUUUGUAAUUGCAUUUAUUUAGUCAGAUAUAUAAGUAUCUCUUUUGUUUCACUUAAAACCUCUUCAUGUUUUGUUGCGAUUGGUUGUGAAAUACACUAACCUAUUAUCACAUAUAUAUACAUAAAUAUAUACUAAUGCGAUAAAAGAAGUAAAUUGAAUAUUUGUUGCAGAAAAAUUCACUUUUUGAAGAAAAAAAUAGAUUUGACUUGUA